ACAUAUAAUUUUCCUGUUAUGUGAUUUUCCUUAUACAGACUUUAAAAUAAUUCUUUCUAGCGAGUCAGUUCAUUAUUAAACACUAACCAGUACGUAUGUCUUCCCGCAUAUUAAAGUUUCGCAAUUUGAAUUUGUUAAAUCGACUUUUCUCAAGAUUUAGGACCAUGGAUUCUGAUUCUGAGGAAGUUCUAUCGCAAUCACAAUCGAUUAUAAAUAGAUACAUACAAGAAAAAGGUCAAACUAAAGGAGUAAGGGAAUAUUUAGAUAAUGUCAAGUAUCCUCCUGUCCAGGAUUUUGCUGAAGGGCUUGAAUGGUUUAAUGUAUCUGAACCACUCUUUUUAAAGAAACACCUUAAAGGUAAAAUAGUCGUACUGGACUUCUUUACUUAUUGCUGCAUAAACUGUAUGCAUAUAAUACCUGAUCUGAGGGAAAUCGAAGAAGUGUUUUCUGUUGAAGAUGGGUUAGUUGUGAUUGGUGUUCACAGUGCAAAAUUUGAAAACGAAAAAAUUUCCAAAAACAUUUUGGCCGCCGUUCAGCGUUACAACAUCGGACAUCCGGUGGUAAACGAUCACAAUUCCCUGAUGUGGAAAAAUUGCGACGUCCACUGCUGGCCUACUCUACUCAUGCUGGGUCCCAAUGGGAAUCCUUUGGUUAUGUGCAUGGGAGAAGGAAAUAAAGAUGAUCUUCUUAUUUAUAUUAGAGAAGCAUUGGACUAUUAUAAAGAGAAAAAGCAAAUAUCCAAUCACAAGUUGCCUUUCAGAUCUGCAUAUCAUCUGCUUCCCGAUUUAAAGGGGCCGUUACUUUUCCCCGGAAAAAUCACCAAUUUCGUGGAUGAAAACAAUGACGAAGUAAUAGCCAUAUCCGAUACUGGCAACAACAGAAUAUUAAUAAUAAAAGGUGACGGAACAAUUCUCAAGCAAAUUGGUGGCAAGAAAUUGGGUUUCAAAGACGGAAGCUUGGAGGACGCCGAGUUUAACAAUCCGCAAGGCUUGGUUUUCUUGAAUAAAACCAUCUUGUUUGUGGCCGACACAGAAAAUCAUGCGAUUCGCAAGGUUGACCUUAACAACAAUAAAGUAGAAACAAUAGCGGGCAAUGGGGCACAGGGCCACGAUAGAAGUGGUGGCAAUUUGUGGACCAAACAGAUAAUUUCUUCUCCAUGGGAUCUCUGCCUGUACACCACCCCAGCAACCGAUAAUCUACCGGAAUAUCACGUACUAAUAAUUGCAAUGGCUGGCACCCAUCAGAUUUGGGCGUUGUUUCUUCAAGACACCAUUUGGUGGAAGAACAAGAAAUACCAAGCAGGCACCUGCGUAGCUAUCGUGGGUUCAGGAGCUGAACAGAACAAAAACAACCAAUAUCCUCACGCGGCUGCGUUUGCUCAACCUUCGGGUUUGGCGAUUUCAAGUGGUGCUAAAGAGGUUUUCGUGGCGGACAGCGAGAGUUCUAGUAUCAGAAAAAUAUCGUUAGUUGAUGGGAAAGUGUCGCCUGUUGUUGGAGGGGAUAGAAAUCCAUAUAAUUUGUUUGCAUUUGGCGAUAAGGAUGGAGUUCUCUUCGAUGCAAAACUACAACAUUCUUUAGGCGUAGCAAUGUCUAGAAAUGAAAAAAGCAUUUUUGUUGCUGAUACAUACAAUCACAAAAUCAAGAAAAUUGACAUUGAGAAGAAUCAUGUAACAACAAUUUCCGUACCACUUAACGACACAACUGACGGCCAACUGCAUAUGUUCAACGAACCAGCUGGUUUAUGCGUGAGCGUCGAUGGUUCCAAGGUGUAUUUAGCUGAUACCAAUAACCAUCAGAUCAAAAUUCUCAAAUUAGAUGACAAUGAAAAUAUUACUGGAAUUGAUAAACUUGACUUAAAAAUAAGUGAGGAAUCUAGUGUUUUGGAUAAAUCCAAAUACAAAAUUAUACAAAUAAAACCAUUAUCGGUAAAUACUAAAGGGGGGAAAAUUAUUUUGAGUAUUAAACUAAAUUUCAAAGACGGUCUGGGGUUGACCCAAGAUGCUCCCCAAAAAUGGAUAGUUGAUGUACCAAACGCUACUUGGUCGUGUGUACCAAAUAGUGGCUGUGAUUUGAAAAAUGUUGAUAUGGUUGUAAGUGUACCCGAAAUGAAUAGUGCCAAAGGGAAAACUAUUGACAUUGCUUUUAAUCUAAUUACAUGUACUUCAGAAACUUGUUUACCUAAAAACUUUAUUGUGCGUGCAAAUGUUGAGUAUAAUAACAAUGGCAAAACUAAUAUCAAUGAGGAGGUCAUGAUCCAUCUAAAUCCUUUAGAUAUCGUAGCAAAUUAAACAAGUUUUUAUUUUAUUUAUUUUAUUUAUACAUAGUUUAAUAUUAACACAUUUUAUAUAUUUUGUAUUUUGUUUUAACUUUGUAAUAAACAUUAUUAAUACGCAA